AUGCAGUCUCAGUCCUCCCCCUCCUCCAAGCACCACACAAGACCCAUCCCAACGACACUCCGACUUGAGUUAAUCAUUCCACUACCAGCCCAUAACUUUUCGUAUUCUUCCAAAACCAACACCACCACCAUCUCCCCCCACGCUCCCCAGAACGGCGAGGUGUCAGGGGCCAAAUCGAUGCUUCUCGGCCCCCAUCCCCUGCGCCUGAACCCUCACCUCGCGCUGACAGAGCAACAAUGGCACAAACCACUCGUUCUGGGGAGUGUGUUUAAGUCUGAGCAAACACCGAGCCGGUAA